UUCCAGAAUUUCCCGAGCGCAUUGCAUUCAUCAGCCUUGCGCCAAACCAACGUCACGGUCAACACUACAUGUAGCACAAUGACAGAAGCACCACCAUCCUACGAAGCUGCGGCUGUUGAACAUGGAGCUUUACCUGUACGAGAUGGAGCGACAGCAGGCAAAAAGCCAGUCCCCCGCGGUCCCUUUCCCCUCGAUAUCCCGGUUCUGAACCAAUUACGAGGAAAGCGUAUUAUCCUAGCAUCGCAGAGUCCAUCUAGGAAACAGAUUCUCUCCAAGAUCUUCACAAACAUGGAAAUUAUACCCUCCACACUACCCGAAGACCUGUCCAAAGAAGACCUAGGCCCCUUCGAAUACGUCCUGCAGACCUGUGUGCAGAAGUGCAUCUCAGUAUACGAGCACACGCUCGCCAACUCCAUGAACUCCAUCCCCGACCCCUCCCUCGUCAUCGCGGCCGACACCGUGGCGGUCACAGCCUCCGGGCGCAUCUUGGAGAAACCGCGCAGCGAAAAAGAACAUAUUGCGAUGCUGAAGAUGCUGCGGGAUCAGGUGGCGCAUAAGAGCUAUACGGCGGUAGCGGUGGUGGCGCCGCGCGAGGACGCGCGGUAUCCGGGGUAUAAUAUUGAGACGACAGUCGAGGAGACGAAGGUUGUGUUUGAUGCGGCUGUGAGCGAUGAGUUGAUCGAGGCGUAUGUUAGGACGCGGGAGGCGGUGGAUAAGGCGGGGGGUUAUGGGUUGCAGGGUAUGGGGAGCUUGUUGAUUGAGAGGAUUGAGGGGAGUUGGGAUAAUGUGGUAGGCUUGCCGUUGAGGGCUACGCUGGCGUUGGUGGAGAAGGCGGUGUUAAACCAGGAGGAUAUUGAAGGGGAGGAUGAGGAGGAGGAGUAA